AUGGCUGCGGACUACAGAUUAAAGUCGAAUCUGGGGAGAUGGCUUCUAUUCGUACUGGCCUUCUCCUACGCAGAAGCUUUCUACAUACCGGGCUGGUCCAUCAAGAGCUACAAAGACAACGAAGCAAUACCUCUCCUAGUUAACAAGGUCUACUCGGACAAUACACAAUUGCAAUACGCAUACUACGACCUCCCAUUCGUUUGCCCUCCUACCGGUGUCCAUCAUGCCGGCUCCUCGCUUCUCAGUGGUCAGAGUAUUUCUUUGAACCUCGGGGAAGUCCUCCGCGGCGACCGGAUCACACAAUCAGACAUCGAGUUGGUGAUGGGUCAAGAUCAAGAAUGCAACUUCCUCUGUACCAAAUCAGUCAGCCGAAAGGAUCUCAAACGGGCUCGGGAAAUGGUCAAGGACGGCUAUGUGGUAGAAUGGAUCGUGGAUAAUCUGCCCGGAGCCACCAGCUUCAUCACGGUGGACAAGUCAAAGAGAUACUACGCUGCAGGUUUCAAGUUGGGAUACAAGGACAUCGCGCCUACCUCUGGCAAAAUGCGAUACUAUAUCAACAACCACUUUACAAUCGUCAUUCGCUAUCGUAAAGCCCCCGGCAAGGACGGAGAAAGGGGUGGGAAGGUCGUGGUUGGAUUUGAAGUCUACACGAAGAGCAUUGGCCCGAACAAGAGGAUAGAGUCUAGGUGUCCAGCAGAUGUAAGUGAUGUCGACACCGCUAUGGAACUCUACCUCCAUCCGAACGGAACCGACUUCGCCCUGCAGUACCCUCACUCCUCCUACCAACCCCCUGAAAGCGAACAGGAUAUUGAAGAUGGAGCUAUGCUCGACAUUCCGUACUCAUACUCUGUAUACUGGCGCGAGGACGAGAAGAUUGAGUGGGGACAUCGCUGGGAUUUAUAUUUCGUAAACCAGGAGGAAGGGUCGAGAAUCCAUUGGCUUGCAAUCAUCAACUCGUUGAUCAUCUCUGGGUCCUUGAGUGCAAUUGUGGCCAUCAUCCUAGGUCGAACAAUCCGCGGAGAUAUCAAGACAUACAAGGACUCGAGCCUCGAAGAUGGUAAGAGUAAGCCAAAGAGGAGGUCUAGGCCUGGAAGUGGUGCGAGAACGCCAAAGUCUGGAGAGAAGACUGGCACUGGAUUACUCGAUCAAGUUGGGGAUACGGAGAACGAUGCGGAUGUCUCAUCUGACGAGGAGGCAUUGGAAGAUGUGACCGGAUGGAAGCUUCUGCAUGGCGAUGUCUUUAGAUCCCCGUCAUACGGUUACCUCCUUGCACCACUCGUUGGCUCCGGAAUGCAGCUCGUAUUUAUGGCUGUUGGACUUCUCUUCCUCAGCAGUUUGGGGAUUCUCAACCCUAGCUUCCGCGGUGGGUUUGUCAGCGUAGGAGUUGGACUGUUUGUCUUUGCAGGCGUCUUCUCAGGCUACUUUUCCGGACGAGUGUAUAAAACAUUCGGUGGCAAGAACUGGCGCAAGAACACAAUCAUCACAGCAACUCUCUUCCCAGGUCUUUUAUUUGCCCUUGUAUUCGUCCUGAACCUCUUCGUCUGGGCCCAAGCUUCCAGCACCGCGCUUCCAUUCGGGACAUUGGUCGGCAUUAUCAUGUUAUGGCUUUGCAUUCAGCUCCCUCUGGUGUAUGCCGGAUCAUGGUACGGAUGGGUCCGCACAGGAGCAUGGGAACACCCGACGAAAACAACGUCCAUCCCCCGCCAAAUCCCAAUCCAGCCAUGGUACAUCCGCUCACCGCAGUCAAUUUUGCUCGCCGGUCUGAUCCCUUUCGCCGUGAUCUUUAUCGAGCUACUCUUCGUCUUCCAAUCAGUUUGGCAGGAUAAGAGCGGAUAUUACUACGUCUUUGGCUUUCUAUCUGUUGUCUCCAUUAUCCUGAUCCUGACCAUCGCCGAAGUUACCAUCGUCACCAUAUACAUCAAAUUAUGCAGCGAGGAUUACAAUUGGUGGUGGCAUUCCUUCUUGGUAGGGGGUGGUAGCGCCGUUUGGGUGUUUUUGUAUUGUGUGUGGUACUAUUUGACCAAGCUGCAUAUAGAGGGGUUCGUGAGUGGUUUGUUAUUCUUUAGUUAUAGUUUUAUGGCUUGUGUUGUUUAUGGUUUACUUUGUGGGACGGUGGGGUUCUUGACGGCAUAUGCUUUUGUUAGGAGGAUAUAU